CUUACACGAAUAGUGUCUCUCGGAUGUUCAAGUUUGUUUCACACGAUUGCAGUAGGAGCCUCAUCUCAUUCAAUCAGAAUCCAGAAUUGUUUUUCUACUUCAUUAAGCCGCCAAGGCAUGGCACGAAAUAUGUCUCAGGCAAUUUUCUCCCUUCUGCUGAUUUUUCUUCUGCGGCUACUUAGUGUUGCAAGAGCACAGACAUGUACAGUCGGAGAUCAUGCAGAUUCUACCCGAUUCGGUACCGAAUUUGUUUUCGGUCUCCCGGUGAGCGGCCAGUACAGUUCGUACCUCGGAGAUUACGGGAACUUUAUUCAGACUUCCAACUCGGGGGGUACUUAUUACUACGCUUCUCGACCGGCCAGAUCUGAGUCUGGACAGUUUUCCACAAGUGGAAUGCCAUCGCAUGCCAAAAUAGAAUAUACAGCAGAGUCGUCGGUUACCAGGGACACGGGUUUACACGACGGGACAUUACGUGUCCUCCCUGACUACAACCUUAUCGUGUACCUAUUUGGAUCUAACACAAAUGAAGGUACAUAUGGGGCAACCGCCGUUACUCCUCUCGUAUAUCUAGGCCAGGAAUACUUUGCAUCAGUCCUAGCAGGUCCAGGUCUCGGACAAGUGGUUAUCUCUUCGACCGGUGAAACAACGUUCAUCCGUCUGACACCGAAUGGUCCAUUUACUUAUGACGGCAUAACGUACUCUAGUCCCUUUUCGGACCUGGAAGUGGAGAUUCCGGCCUGGUAUCAGAUGAUUAUCACUACCUCAUCUAACGACUUUACCGGGUCGAGAAUACUGGCAAACAAGACUGUUUCGGUAUUAAGUGGGUCCUCUUGUGCAUAUAGUCCAGAAAUUAGCAGCGGAUCUUGUGAUUAUGCCAUAGAGCAUCUGUUGCCUUACGACAAAUGGGGAACCACCUUCAACGUACCGCCGUUUCAAGAUGGCUCAACGGGAUACUACAUCCAGAUUACUGCAGGCAGAGACGACACGACCAUCAACGUCGAUGGUACAUUGGUCAGCAUUGGACAGGGGCAGACUGAAAGCCGAGAAGUCACCACGAACACCAUGCUACGUAUUACCAGUGAUAAACCCAUCCAAGUAGUGCAGAUCCUAAAGGGGGCCGCAUCAAUGGUCGUCAUACCACCUGAAGAACAGUACACCCUGAUGAACAGCUACUUUCGUAUAUCAGGUGCCGACACCCUCGGUAUAUAUCUCAACCACUAUUUUACAAUUGUGGUCCCGUGCUCCUCUCAAUCGGGAAUUUACGUUACUGGCACUGCCCCUGGUGAUAAUGUCUACUUGAAAACAGCGUCGUCUUCAACAGCAAAGGGCUCCAUGUGUGCCUACUUUUACACGGGAGGCCAAACAUUUACAUACACCAUAUCGCAAUCUGAUCCCAACGGAGCCUUCACUGUGCUGAAUUACGCAAGGGAUGGUACAGCUGCUGCUGGGGAUGGUUCAGCUGGUUAUGCUUAUGUAGGCGCUCAAAAAUUCCAGACGCAAAGAUGCUUAGACUACCAUACCAUAAUAUAUGGUAGUGACGUAACUACCCAAGCAACAACUACCCAAGCAACAACUACAAAAGCAACAACUACCCAACAACAACUACCCAAGUAA